AUAAUUGUUUAGUCAAAUACCCUCCUCUAAUAUCCUUAGCAUCAUCUAUAAAUUGUGCCCACUACUCUCUCAUAUCCUUAGCAUCAUCCUUUCUUACGCAGCUCUCUAUAGUACAAUUUAAUUUGUACUUCUUAUAGUGAAGAUAGAAUGAAGCAUAAUCCAAUGGUAAUGACCAUAGGUUUGGUACUUAUUUUAACAUGGGCUGCAUGGUGGAUUUUGCAGUAUAUUUGGUUGAGGCCAAAGAAGAUGGAAAAAUGGCUGAGAAAACAAGGUUUCAAGGGUAACAAUUACAGGCUAUGGCAUGGAGAUUUGAAAGAUAUGAACAAGAUGAACACUGAUGCAUUCUCCAAACCUAUCAGUCUCACUGACGAUAUCUUGCCUCGUGUGGUGCCAUUUCAUCACCAUAUCAUACAGGAAUAUGGAAAAAAAUCAUUCAUAUGGCAUGGUCCAACACCAAGGGUACACAUAAUGGAGCCGGAAUUGAUAAGGGAAAUCUUGUUCAAAUACAACACCUUCCGUAAACCUAUGUCACAACCCUUGGUAAGUCUACUUGUUAGAGGGGUUGUGUUUUACGAAGGUGAAAAGUGGGCAAAGCAUCGAAGAAUUCUCAAUCCUGCAUUCAAAUUGGACAACUUGAAGGUAACACUUCCAACUCCAAAUAAAUUACGCAUACAUUCUCUUUUCUUUAGGGAUAAGGCAUAGAAACAUACCUAAAUUAUAAUAAAAUUUCUAACUACUUUACUUAUUAUUAUUAAUAUUAAUUUUAUAUUAUUUAUCCCCUUCACUAAUUAUCUGACAAAAAAAAAAAAAAAAACUUAAAACACGACAUGUGCAAACACACCUUAUUCAUUUUUGCAUCUCAAACUACAAUACAUCUCGCACCAUAACUCUUUGGGAUAGUAUAUCAGAUCUUCAACUAUUUUCCCCCCUCUAAGUAGCUUCAAUGUUGCUGAAUUUUCCUUAAACUCCCUCAAAUGUACUUCUUGCACAUUAAAAAAACAAGUUCUUUCUUUGAAGACCCUGUCUUUUAGUCUUGGAUAAGCGCGUGUUUGCACUUGCUACGUUUAACUUAUUUCUUAUCAAAUAAUUAACGAAGGGGUAAAUAAUACGAAAAAAAUAAGUUGGAAGGGGGGUUAAGUGUGUAAACAAUAAUUUCAUCACAGUUUAGGUGUGUAUCUAUGAUUUUUUUUGAAGUAACUAAAUUGGACUAUUAUAUAU